AUGGACACUUUAGAAAGAAACCAAGUUGAAGAAGCAACUGGUAAAAUUCCACUUCUUUUAAAUGCUUUUCUAUCAUUUGGUAAUAAGCCUUUCCAAAAAGCAUGGGAAGAUUUUCACUUAUCAAUUGUAGUUAGAGAUAUAGGUGAGAACUUAACGUCUUUUACAGAAAGAAAGAAAAAGGAAGGUGAAAUUGUUUGGAACAAUUAUCUUGAUUUGAUGUCUAAGUUUGUAUCACAAGGAUAUCUUUUAGGUUGUGCUGAAGAUGAUUAUGAUCAUUGUUAUUUCUAUCGAGAGCAGGGCUACUGCAAGUAUGUCUGUGGACUGGCACGGGAUUACAUGGCACAAAUUCUUCAUGAAAAUGAGAAACUAUCAUUCUUUUUAGAAAAUAGUUGGCAAUAUGGUAUUAAAAUGUUCCAAAACAAUCCCUCAGUAAAAGGUUUUUAUGUAGAAAAAGUAUGUCUUGUUAGUAUUCAAAAAGAAGGAUUGAUGGUUGGGUCAGAAAAUUAUAAACCUCUCAAAACAGUUUUUCUUGGAAAUGAUUUGAUUGAACAUGAAAAGGAGACAGCACAUGUUCUACCAAUUCAAAUAACUGUAAAUAAUCAUCAUUCUAAGUCAGAUGAUAAAUUCUUCACUGAUAUAUGGGGUUCUUUAAAAUUGCAGCUUAAUGAUUACACAAUAUUUAUCAAAUUCAUAUGGAUAACUCUUAGAAAUAAAGAACCAGAAUUAAUACAAUGUUGUAAAAGGCAAUCCAGAAGUGGAGAACAAGAGAUCAAUCCUGAAUAUACUAGAUUCUGGAUUAAUGUUGAAACUAUCAACAAUGACAUCAUGCGUUACUUGAGAUGA